CUUCUCACAAUUUGAUAACAGAUCAACUGAGCAAUAAAAAAAAGUACAUCGGGAAUCUUCACUAAUUGAAAGUGAAAAUAAAUAGUGAGAAGUACAAAAAAUUCUCUCAACCUUGAUCAAAAACAUCUGCUCUCGCCAAACAUCCACAUAAAGACCUCAAAUGAUCAUUACUCAUUAAACGAACAAUAUUUUUCUUUCAUUUCUUGUUCCUCUAACAUUGCGCACAUUAAAGGCUUUAGUAGUUAGUAUUUGACUGCCUAGUAAGCAAGACGCGAUUAAUCUACAUCGUUUGAUAUUUUUCUCGUUUACGUUCAGAACACAUUGUUGUCGCAGAUAAAAAAAAAUAACUGUCGAUUCUGCGAGUUUUUUUUAAAUGUAGAAUUAACUAAGCUCAUUAGAAUAUUAUUAAGUGAUCAAGUUAUUAUUAAACAGCUAUAAGUUUCUUUUAAGUUAUCAAAAUGCCGGAGUCUGUGAUAGUUUCCCAUACAUUAGAGCUCGAUUUUCCUGCUGAUCUCGAGGAAAAUGCAAGAAAUAUUGGAGAAGAUCAAGACAGAGUCUGUGAAUUAUUGCAGCAAUUUAAGGAUUUGAUAUUUGAAAGAGGUGAUUGUAAUCCGCAUCGAAUGGACGAUGACUUUCUCAUACGGUUUCUUCGUGCGCGAUUUUGGAAGGUCGAAAAUGCUUACAAAUUGUUAAGUCGGUACUCAAAUUUUAGAGGUAAUAACAUGCAUUGGAUCGAUAAAGUGCAUCCAUUGUCCUUAGAAAUUCUUGGUGAAGAAGAUAUUAUGACUAUAACACCGUAUCUCGACCAAACAAAGAAGAGAAUGAUGAUAUUUAGGUUCGGCAAUUGGAAACCAUCAAAAAUCCCAGUCGAUGAACUUUUCAAAGCAACAUUAAUUUGUCUUGAAGUUGGAAUUAUGGAACCACGUGCUCAAGUUAACGGUGGUGUUGGAAUUUUUGAUAUGGACGGUUUCGGAUUAAAUCAUACGCUUCAUAUGUCCCCAACAAUAGCACAGAAAAUGAUCGCAAUGAUGGUUACUUCACUUCCUUACCGAACAACGGCACUUCAUAUCGUUAAUCAAGGUUGGUUCUUCGACGUAGCUUUUGCAUUUUUUAAGCCAUUUCUAAACGAUGCAAUGAAAUCGAAACUUUAUCUUCACGGAUCGAACUUUAAAUCUCUCCAUAAACACAUUGAUCCAACUAACUUACCAAAGAGAUAUGGAGGCGUAAUGGAAGAUUAUUCAUAUAAACCAUGGAUCGAUCAUGCUAAAGCAAAUCAACGGGUAAUUAAGGAAUUGGAGCUUCAUGGAUAUUGCACGGAUGAAUUUUUAAACACUGAAGAAUAAAAAUAAAAAAUGGUGUGUGAAAAAGCGUGUAAAAUUUUUUUGAAUAAAAACUGAAUCUUAUAUCUUUAUAGUGCUAUAAUAA